AUGUACUGGCUAAAUGGAGUUCCUCGGGUGUACGCGGUCAACGGGCCCAGCAUUCCCCUGACAUCAUCCUCAAGCGAUCAAGAACCUCCUACAACCGAACUAUCAGAGGAUGAAAGUAUUCAGCGUGGGAAGCCCGCGGUCGUGCCGGAGGACCAGAAGCCCCCCGCUGCAUGGGCCGAGGAGGCCAUCAAGGGCCUCUGUAACUCGAGGAAUGGGCAAUUGUUUGCGACGAUGACAGAUUCCUCUAUUUCAGUCUGGCAAACAAAGCCUACUGUGGUGGUAGCUACUGUCGCUCGGUCUCAGACAUCGUUGAAAGCAUACGGCCCGAAUGUGUCUCUCCUCCUUCAUCCCGAUUCCACCAUUUUGGUCGCGCAAACCCAGAAUGGGUACCUACUUACAUACACCGUCGCUUCGGAUGCCAAUACCCGAGUUUAUCAGCAACAGUUCGAUCACUCUAAUCCGCACCGCCGUCAACAACUUGCGCGUCAUUUCGGGAGUGAAGAGUUCAAUGGGAUCAAAGAUGUCAGCAUACGUUUCAGAAUGGCUAUAAAAGUAGAGUCUGGUAUUGUAGGAGCUCUGGCCCUGGAUAACGAACUCGUCGUGGCCACCCUCAAMCCCGCCGCUAUUCAGUGUAUUCGCUGGACUCCGGACAAAAAUGGCACGCAAACGACCUCGGAGCUGCUGAGUCGAAUUCUCAAUACACCCAAGAAAAUAACAGUGACUGAAAUGGUUUAUGAUCGAGCUAUGAGUCUAUUGAUAUGGAUCACGAGCGAUGGACAUGCGUACACUGUGCAGAGAAAAACAGAUGCGCCCGAAACAGAGCAAUCUGCCAAACUCUUCAAAGGUCACUGUUUCCAUACUCCUACAAGCGACGAUGACCAGGCGAUCAAAGCUGCUGUAAAUGCUAGAUUUUCUUUGCUUGCAGUCAGUUGCAGCAAUGGCGAUAUUCUAGUAUAUACGGCAAAGGAUUAUAUCGGAAACGUGGUUCUCUCACACAGACUCCAACCACCUGCCUCGGUCAAAGCAACAGGAGACUUGACUUUUAUGAGCUAUUCACCGGACGGCUACUGCCUCUUCGCAGGCUACCAGAAUGGCUGGGCUAAUUGGAGUGUCUUUGGAAAACCUGGAGGUAGCAGCUUCACGGCUGAUCGCUCUAUAACCGAGAACAACUCUGAAGACUGGUUGACUGGGGUGUCGAUGGGAUGCUGGAUUGGAGGUGGCUCUGAUAUCAUAUUAUCAGCUCAAAAUGACCGCCGACUUUGGUUGCUAGAAACGGCACGCAGCGCCUUGACGGGUUGUUAUUCACCAGCAAAUUUAUCCAGGGCACUUUUGCAGACCGGCACCGAGAUUAUAUUAUAUCGAGGUCACGACUUGCCAGAUCUCAUGACGAUUUCCGGAAAGGACUCCUUGUGGCACCAUGCACAAUAUCCGCCUGCAUACCUUCAUGCGCAGUGGCCCAUUCGUGCUUGUGUUGUGUCACAAGACGGUCGAUAUGUGUCUAUUGCAGGGCGAAGGGGCCUCGCUCAUUAUAGCGUCAGUAGUGGUCGCUGGAAGACAUUCGACGACUCAAAUGUGGAGAAUUCAUUCGCUGUCAGAGGUGGUAUGUGCUGGUAUGGUCAUAUUUUGAUUGCAGCUGUCGAAAGCAACGGCUCCUAUGAGCUUCGUUUGUACUCCAGAGAAUUGCCUCUGACCAAUCACAACAUCUUACAUACUGAAUMCCUGCCGUCGCCUGCCGUUUUCAUCGGCCCUUCAGGGGAAGACUCACUCCUCGUAUACACUUACGACAAUAUACUCUAUCACUAUGUGAUUAAUUCGACUUACGGCAGUGUCUCUUUGGUUCCUGUAGGGCAGAUUGCAUUUUACGGAAUAGUGCGGGCUCCUACAAGGGUUCGUUCUAUUAGUUGGAUCCUGCCGGAGGAGCAGAUGCGAAAUGGAGAUCCUUCGCAGGAUGUCAAGGUAGCAUCAGUCUUGUUGCUUGUAGAUGGCAACCUUGUUCUCUUGCAGCCUUCCGUAUCUGACAGUGGAGAUCUAAAAUACGACAUGCGCAUAGUUGCCCAAGAUGUGGAAUACUAUGUCUUGAUGCGAGAUCAACUAUCCUUCAAUUUCGCUCCACCGGCAGAAGAGCCAGCGCCAAGCAGUCCUUCGGCUGAAGUUGUUUUGAAAGCGGCUCAAAGCAAUCUGUCCCUGAGAGAUUCCUUGUGGAUGUUCUGCGGACGGGACCUCGUUGCAUGGAGCGAUGUCCAAGAGAUUCUACAACGUGAAGACGUUCCGAAGCCACUCCCCGUUCCUGUCGACUUUUAUCCUUUAUCAGUUUUACUGAAUAAAGGGAUCAUACUUGGAGUAGAGUCAGAGAUGAUUCAACGGCGUGACAUAACCUUUUCUAUUUUAAAAUAUGCUAUCCGAACACAUCUCUUCCUUCCAUACUUCCUCCGGUAUAGUCUAGCCAGUGUUGACAUGCCUUCUGCUCUUUCACUAUCCCACUACUAUUCUCACCUAUCAUAUUUCCCCCAUGCCCUUGAAAUACUCCUCCACCACGUUCUAGACGACGCUGUUGAUGGGCAUAGUCGAGACGAAUCACAAAAUGAAACUCGACAGCCACUACUGCCGUCUGUCAUUUCAUUUUUACAGGCCUCGCUUCCAGCAGAUGUCUAUCUUGAUAUCGUAGUGCAGUGCACGCGAAAGAAUGAAAUCCGGUCAUGGCGCACUCUUUUUGCGCACCUUCCACCACCGAAGGAUCUGUUUGAGCAAGCAUUGAAACUCAGGUCACUCAAGACCGCAGCUGGUUACUUACUAGUCCUCCAAGCUCUCGAUGACGAGGAAGACGAAGAGAUCAGCAAGGCCAGAACCGAAGAUUCUGCGGUACGGUUACUUGGACUUGCAGCUCACAAAAGCGACUGGGAUCUCUGUGCCGAGCUGGCAAGAUUCUUGAUUGCACUUGAUGGAUCUGGAGAAAUGCUACGGCGCACGAUUGAUCGAGUCGGCAUUCGACGUUCUAUGACACCACAAAAAGGCGGAAACCCUUCAGAGACUGGUAAACGGAAUAUGCGUGGAUUGGGUUUGACUCUGGGCAUUCCUGCAGUACCAUCACCACUUUCUCCACGGCGUACAGAGCACCGUCGUCGAAAGGGUAGUGAUAUGUCAUCGAUCGCUAGCGACGGUACAACAUCCAACCUUUCACCGAUCACGUCCAAGACGGAUGACGAAGGCACCUCUGUUUCCGAGGGAGGAAGCAGUGGGCUCGAUGAGUCCUAUCAUAUUCCUUAA